UAUAGCUCCUGGUUACUGUAAUGAAAGAACGACCGCUGUAAUUUAUCAAAAUAAUCUUGAUUAAAGUCGGUACUUUGCCCGAAUGACUUUGCAAUACCAUGACCAAAGUUAAAUCGAAAAGGGCGACGUCUAUGUUUGUGAUAGGCUACUUAUACACUGCGUAGGCUUUUUUUAAAUCAAGAAACUGUUGAUCUCUGUUGUUUAUUCCGGGUUUGUCCCGGAGACGAGCACAUUAGCCAAUACAAGAUGGCUCUAGUUUAGAGAGCCUGAACGAGUUUAGCAGGCUAUUUCCUCAGUAUUUGGAAUGCAGGCGUGGUGUUAGACUGGAAUGCUGAUGCCCACUGUUGUAUGUGAAAUAAAAGGUCCCUUCGUAAAUUUGUAGGCUUUGCUUCCACUUUAAAAUUGAAGAGCUGAAGCGUCAACAUGGUGAACUGCUGUGGUCUGGUUACGGUCAAGAAUGAGCCAGUUCCUCUGAAGAGCGUGGCGGUGGAUGUGCGUGUGCAGGGACAUGUAGCCACAGUGACCUCCACUCUGCUGUAUGUGAAUGGAGAAGAGCGCCCCCUGGAGGCUGUGUUUGUGUUCCCCCUACCUGGAGAAUGUGCCCUCUGCCACUUCAGCGCCAAAUUAGGAGACACAGAGGUGGUGGCAAAGCUGCAGGACAAACAGAAGGCACGGGAGCAGUAUGAUGAUGCGUUGAGCUCAGGCCAUCAGGCUUUCCUGCUGGAGGAGAGUGAUCAGAGCCCAGACAUGUUCCAGCUGAACGUGGGCAGCCUGCCUCCAGGAGAGAGCGCUGCCAUCACUCUGGUCUACAUCUCAGAGCUGGCCAUGCAAGCUGAUGACGCCCUGCGCUUCUGUCUGCCCGCUGUGCUCAACCCCCGCUACACACCCCAGGAAAUGGACAGGAGUAAAUGGCCACUUGGAGUCCAACUGUGGCUCUGGAGCCACUGGGUUUACCUAAACGCAGACAAAACACAGGCCACGGUGAGUCUCUCUUCAGGCCACGUGUUUGAUCGGGAUGUGGAGCUGUUGCUGUACUACCAGGAUGCUCAUAACCCCACUGCCAUAGUGGAGGGUGGACAGGACAGUGCUGAGCCAGGCUCUUUGAUGGGUGACCCUGUGGUUAUGCUCAGCUUUUACCCAGAGUUCCCUGCUGCAGUAACAUCCUCACUUGCAACUUGUGGAGAGUUUAUUUUUGUGGUGGACCGAUCAGGCAGUAUGGACUGCAGAAUGCACUCAGGAAAAAACGCAAAGAUGCGCAUCGAGAGUGCCAGGGACACGCUGCUCCUUCUCUUGAAGAGCCUUCCCAUGGGCUGCUUUUUCAACAUCUAUGGCUUUGGAUCCCGUUUUGAAAGUUUCUUCCCGAAGAGCGUGGAAUACAAGCAGAAGACAAUGGAUGAGGCUCUUCAGAAAGUGAAUGGAAUGAGGGCAGACAUGGGGGGCACAAACAUUUUGGAGCCUCUGAAACACCUCUACAGCCAGCCCUGCAUUCCCAGUCACCCCAGACAGCUCUUCAUUUUCACUGAUGGAGAAGUGGGAAACACUAAGCAGGUUGUGGACUUGGUGAAGAUGAAUGUCAAUUCUCACCGGUGCUUCUCUUUUGGUAUCGGAGAGGGCGCCAGCACUGCUUUAAUCAAUGGCUUAGCCCAGGAGGGCUCUGGGCAUGCUCAGUUCAUCACCGGAACAGACCGCAUGCAGCCCAAGGUGAUGCAGUCUCUCCGCUAUGCACUGCAGCCAGCAGUGAAGGACAUCUCUGUUGACUGGGACCUUCCAGAUGGUGUGUCAGUCACCACUUUGUCCCCUCCGCUCAAAGUGCUCUUCCAUGGCCAAAGGGCUCUGCUGUAUGCUCAGCUCGAAGGAGAGAGCUCAGGGAAUCCUGAGGGAUCUGUGACAAUACAGUACAACCUGUUGGAGGAGACGGUCAAAAACCAACUUGGCUUCUGUCUCAAACCCACAGGAGAUACAGGAGAGACUCUCCACCGGCUGGGGGCUCGGGCCCUGAUUCGCCUCGCUGGAGUAUGUGUGUGUCUAAAUACUGUCUCUGAAUUGUUAUGUAUGAAUGGAUUCAUUUUUAAAUUUACAUUUAUUCAUUUAGCAGAGAUGUUUGACUGUGCUAUGCUGGAUGAGGAAGACGGGUUUGAUGUUGUCCAAGAACCAGAGUCCUUCACAGAUCCCCUCCUUCAGCUGAUCUCACUCCAGAAAGCCUCGGGGUCAUGGGAAAUGGACUCCUCAAUGGCUAAAGUGUUGGUGAAGUCAGAUGACGAUUUGGCCAAACUGAUGCCAUUGGGGGCAGACAAGGCUGUGUGGGCUACAACUCUGGCUCUGAUUUGGCUCUAUGGUUCGCGGCUGGAGGCCCGGGAUGAAUGGCAGUUUGUAGCCAUGAAGGCAGCAUCCUGGAUUCAAGCUCAGAAAGUGGGCUGUGUGUCUCAGUGUGUGCAGGCUGGAAAUGCUCUGCUGGGAUGCCAGGUGCAGCAGAAGACCCUGGGGCUCUGAGGUGACCAUACCUGUCCUUCUGUAGAAUGUGUCAUUAAUUAAAUGUGACAUAAACACAUCGAACUCAUCACUGAUUCAGAUGACAAAUUGUAGUCUUGACCAGAAAGUUUCCUGUAUUUGUUCCCAAUAAUAAAAUAUUUGUUGUGCUUUCCUUA